UUGGUGCUGAAGAAGAGACUUGUGGAGCUGCGCAAUCAGAGCGAAAGAGCUGCUCGGGCAAUGAACACUGUGAAAACAAACCAAAGCCAAGCUGCUGAGGCAGCUUCCAGAAAGAAAGAUUUGAUCAGAAGUGAGUUUUUAGAAAUUAAAGCUUUAGUUGAAGAAAGAGAAAAUCAGACCUUGAAAGUAAUUGCAGAUGAAGAAAAAAGAGUUCACAAUAAGUUUGAUUAUGUUUACGGUGUUCUGGGAAGUAAGAAGAAUGAAAUUCAGUCUCUCAGAGAUCAGAUUGAGAUGGCACUGACUGAAGAUGAUGACGUUUUGUUUUUGAAGAGGGCAGUAGCGCUGCAACAAACAUCAACAAAAGACGCUUUUGUUCCUGUAAUUGAAAUGGACCAAAACUUGAUACAUUCCACUUACCAGUCUGCCGUUAACCUUAAAGACACUGUGAAACUUUCAGUGACUCAGUAUAGGGAAAAAAAAGCGGAAGCACCAACCACGGGAGCAGUAACUGCUGCAGCUGGCAUGUCAACUAAAGAGCUUAUUGACAGCUUUCUGAAGAAAUCCAGAGAGGAGCUUUUGCAGUAUGCUGCUGACAUCACGCUGGAUUACAACACAGCUCAUAACAAAGUGAUUCUGUCUGAGAAAUAUACCAGGAUGUCUGUCUCAGACAUUCCCCUGAAUUAUAACCACCACCCUCAGCGCUUCACCGAUUGUUCCCAAGUGCUGGGUUUCCAGUGCUUCAAGAGAGGCGUCCACUACUGGGAGGUGGAACUGCAACAGAACAACUUCUGUGCCAUUGGCAUCUGCUACGGCAGCAUGGACCGGCAUGGACCAGAGAGCCGCCUGGGGAGGAACAGCAGUUCCUGGUGUAUUGAGUGGUUUAAUUCCAAAAUAUCAUCCUGGCAUAAUGAUGUUGAAAAGUGCUUACCUAACGUGAAGGCUACCAAGAUUGGUGUGCUGCUCCACUGUGAGGGAGGGUUUGUGAUUUUCAUGGCUGUUGGGGAGAAGCAUAACAUCAUCUAUAAAUUCAAAACUCAGUUUACUGAAGCCUUGUACCCUGCCUUCUGGUUAUUUUCCAGUGGCACUGUUCUCUCUCUGUGCCAACUGAAACACUAA